UUUCCUGAUUAUAAACAUGAUUUUUUACUGACUUUUCCAUUUCUGCAUCUGUUUAUCAGCUAAAAAUGACAACACAGACCCCUGGAAGAGAACAGAACUGAUCCACUGACUGCUUUUAUUGGCCGUGGAGCGGCUUUUAUUGGGAUUUUACUAAAGCAUUAUGUUCUGGACGUUUGUGUAGUUAGUUUUCUAACCGGGUUUUUCUUCCUGAAUCCACUGGAUUUGUCAUGGACACCAGCGUGGAAACCCAGAACUAUGGAGCAGUUUCUGGUGGAAUACCCACGGAGAAGAGGAAGUUCAGAGUUUACAGGAGGAGGUGGUUUGUUCUGCUGCUGCUGUGUUUGUUAAACUGCUCCAAUGCGACGACGUGGCUCACCUUUGCCCCGGUGGCGGACCAGUCUGCCCAGUACCUGCAGGUCCCGUUGGAGGACGUGAACUGGUUGUCUCUGGUGUACAUGCUGGUGGCCAUCCCGCUGAGCUUCGGGACCACGUGGAUGCUGGACAGCCUCGGCCUGCGCGUCACGCUGAUCCUGGGCUCCUGGCUGAACAUGCUGGGGGCGGCGCUGCGGUUCCUGGGCACGCUGGCGGCCGACGGCUCCCGGCUCCGGUUCCCCGUGGUGAUGAGCGGUCAGACCUUCGGGGCCAUCGCUCAGCCGCUCAUCAUCUUUGCUCCCACCAAGCUGGCGGCGCUGUGGUUCCCCGACCACCAGCGGGCCACGGCCAACACCAUCGCCUCCAUGGCGAACCCUCUGGGCAUCCUCAUCGCCAACAUCGUCUCUCCGGUGAUCGCCCGAUCCUCCGCCCAGAUCCCAAACCUGCUGCUGGCCUAUGCAGUCCCGACGUGUGUCAUCUGUUGCCUAGCAACCGUGGGGAUACGGAGCAGCAAACCCCCCACGCCGCCGUCGGCCAGCGCCGAGGCCUCCGGAUCAGAGCCGUUCCUGCAGGGAAUCAAACUGCUGCUGAGGAACAAGGCCUACCUGGUGCUGCUGCUUUGCUUCGGCUCCGGCAUCGCCGUCUUCACCUGCUUCUCCUCUCUGCUGGAGCAGGUCCUGUGCGUGCAGGGAUACACCGACGACUUCGCCGGCCUGUGCGGCGCGCUCUUCAUCGUGUUCGGCAUCAUCGGCGCCGCCGCUCUGGGUCUCUACGUGGACAAGACGAAGAAGUUCACCGAGGCCACGAAGAUCAACAUGAGCUUCACUGCUCUGGCGUGCAUCGCCUUCUCCGUGGUGUCUCUGCUGCCGCAGCAGAAAGCUGCCGUGGCCGCCGUCUGCUCUCUCUUCGGCUUCUUCGGCUUCUCCAUCUACCCGGUGGCCAUGGAGCUGUCGGUGGAGAGCUCGUACCCGGUGGGGGAGGCCACGUCGGCCGGACUCGUCUUCGUAUCGGGGCAGGUGCAGUCCGUCCUCUACAUCGUGGUCCUGCAGGCUCUGACGGAGCCACUGGCCGACUCCUCUCUGUCCACGUGUGGAGAGGCCGCCUGGAGCUGGAGAGUUCCCAUGUUGGUGAUGGCAGGACUGUGCACCUUCUUCACCUGCAGCUUCGUCAUCUUCUUCCACACCCGGUACCGACGGCUGGAGGCCGAGGAGAAGGCCGGGGACCGGGCCGAGGAUCGGGCCGAGGAUCGGGCCGAGGAGAAGGCCGGGGAUCGGGCCGUGUUGGGGACGGAUGGAAGCGGCGACGCGGCCGGCAGCAGCAGCGAGCGAACUCCCAUCCUGGAGACGUGA